ACAAGAGCGAAAACCGGUGAGAGAUGCUGCGAUCCAUCAUCCAUUCCAUUAGACAGAAACAAGAAAAAUAAAGAUAAAAUAAUAAAUCCACAUAAUUGUCAGUAGCUUCCUUCUGGUCUGAUCGCGAUGAGAUAACGAAUCUUGCUCUGCUCGUCAAACACCCUAUUUUUCACGACACAGAUCGGAAUUCGAAAUCCAAUUUCAGAGCCUUCCAUGACUUGAUUCGUUAGCACCGCGGCAAAUUCUGGCGCGAAAUUGAGGCCAUAAAUGGUUUGGAGUUGAAACUAGGGCUUGCGUCUGUGAAUUCGGCGAGGAACGAUCUUCGGAGGUUCUGAAGCUUUGUUUAUGGAGAAUUGCAAAAAUUUCGCAUUUUUCCGGUGUAUUAGAUGAGAAUUUGGAUUGGUUUAACAAACACAGAAGUUAAAGAGAGAAAGAAAAUAUAUGAAUAGAAUUUAAUGUGAAGGAAAUGGCGACUCAAGUUGAGCCUCCAAAUGGGAUUAGAUCGCAAGGAAAGCAUUACUAUUCCAUGUGGCAGACCCUGUUCGAGAUCGAUACCAAAUACGUGCCGAUCAAACCGAUCGGUCGAGGAGCGUACGGCAUCGUUUGCUCUUCCGUGAACCGGGAAACGAACGAGAAAGUUGCGAUUAAGAAGAUCAACAAUGCGUUUGAGAACAGAAUUGAUGCGCUGAGGACGCUGCGGGAACUGAAGCUGCUGCAGCAUCUUCGGCAUGAAAAUGUGAUUGCUUUGAAGGAUGUGAUGGUGCCAGUUCAAAGGAAGAGCUUCAAGGAUGUCUACUUGGUGUAUGAGCUCAUGGAUACGGAUCUGCACCAGAUUAUUAAGUCCUCCCAACCACUUUCUAACGAUCACUGUCAGUAUUUCCUCUUCCAGCUGCUUCGAGGCCUAAAGUAUCUCCAUUCUGCAAACAUUCUCCAUCGUGACUUGAAGCCUGGCAACCUUCUUAUCAAUGCGAACUGUGAGUUGAAGAUAUGUGAUUUUGGACUAGCACGUACUAGCACAGGAAAAGGCCAGUUCAUGACUGAGUAUGUUGUCACUCGUUGGUACCGUGCCCCUGAGCUCCUCCUCUGCUGUGACAACUAUGGAACAUCCAUUGAUGUGUGGUCCGUUGGAUGCAUCUUUGCUGAGCUUCUUGGCCGGAAACCUAUCUUCCCUGGCACAGAGUGUCUAAACCAGCUCAAACUCAUAAUCAACAUCCUUGGCAGCCAGAGGGAGGAGGAUCUCCAAUUUAUAGACAACCAUAAGGCGAAGAAGUACAUAAGAUCACUGCCAUAUUCUCUUGGGACACCCUUCUCCCGUCUCUAUCCUGAUGCCCAUCCUUUGGCAAUCGAUCUACUGCAAAAGAUGCUUGUUUUCGACCCAUCAAAGAGGAUAAGUGUCCUUGAAGCACUCCAACACCCUUACAUGUCCGCGUUGUAUGAUCCCAGUAAUAACCCUCCAGCUGAGGUACCAAUUGAUCUUGACAUAGACGAGGAUUUAGGAGAAGAGACGAUAAGGGAGAUGAUGUGGAAGGAAAUGCUUCAUUACCACCCUGAAGCUGCUGCAGGCAAUGCGGAACUGUUUUCCUGAUCAUCUUCUUUGUAGCUCUGGCAUAUAGGCCUUUGAAAUGUGUUUUUGGUGUGAAUAGAGACUAGGAAGGUUCUCUUUGUUAUGGUGCCAGCCUAGCUUUUUAUUUAUCUCUCCCCUCUUCCACUCCAAUAAUCUUGAAGCAGCAGCAUGCGUCAGCGGGUUUCGCCUUCAAUAGCUUGCUUAUGAGUUAUGAGCUAUGAGGGGCUGCUGAGACCUGCAUAUGAUAGGCGGCGUCUUUGAGUUUGUAUAUACGUGUGUUUGUAAGUCUCUGGAACUUGUUUCCGUUUGUAAUUAAAGAAGGACGAAGUUCCUAUUUUAUGUCUACAAGAUUUUGUAUGAUAUGAUGGAACUUUUACCAUUGAGGUGAA